AUGACAACGCGCAAAAUUUACAGAGAAGAAGAUCACCCCCCUCUCCCGGUCCCUCCUCACUUAAACAUCUCGGCGGAGAUGCAUCUCUUGACCCUGAGGAAGAACUCCACACAGACCACACCUAGUCCUGGCUGUGACCAGAACCUUUUAUUGUGUCUAUGGGGACAAUCACGGAGUGAGAGUUAUCAAAAAGAAUUCACACGCAAACCCAUUUCAUCGUGCACACCUCCGUCCCCACCUCCAGUUGCCUCUCCCCGCUGGCCACAUCCCUACCUGAUGUGGUUUUCAGAGUCCCUCACUCUUCUGGGGGACCCGGGACUACAGCAAGAUAGUUCAGGAUGGCAGAGCUCACUUCCUCUGAACAUCACAGCCAAGUGGAUGAAGAUGACCCCCUUUAUCCUGCUUAUUCUGGCGGCAUCAGAUGUUUGUGCUGACAGACACUCUCUCCGGUACUAUAGAACUGGAGUCUCCUCUCCGGGAUCCGGGCUGCCUGCGUAUUCUUCAAUCGGAUAUGUGGAUGACCAGCAGAUAACAAAUUAUAACAGUGACACUCGUCAGAAUCUUCCCAAGACUGAGUGGAUGAAGAAAAUGAAAUCAGAAUACUGGGAGAGAGAGACAAAAUACUAUCAGAAGGCUGAGCUGGCUUGCAAAGACAAUUUGGAGUCACUAACUAAACGAUUUACAAAGACUGGAGGUCUACAUAUCUACCAGGAAAUUGUUGGCUGUGAAUUGGGAGAUGACGGCAGCACUGCAGUGUAUAAUAAGCAUGCAUACAACGGGAGAGAUUUCCUAUAUCUGGACACACAGACGUGGAACUGGAUCCCAGUCACACCUGAAGCUAAAUUCUCCACACAGGCUUGGAACCUCGCAGAGACAAGACAGGCAGAGGAAUGGAGGAAUUAUCUGAUGAAUACCUGUACAGGACAGCUGAAGGAAGUCUUUGUAUGUGGGAGAGAGGAUCUAGAGAAACGAGUGCAUCCAGAGGUGAAGGUGUGGGGCCGUCGUCAGUCUAAUGGUGUGAUGAGACUUCAGUGCCUGGUGUACGGGUUUCACCCCCGAGCUGUGCAUGUGAAGUGGGUGAGGAAUGGAGUAGAUGAUGUUCCUUCAGAUGAAAUGAGUCCAAUUCUCCCCCAUCCUGACGGCACCUAUCAGAUCAGAGUCAGGGUGGACGUAACAACAAGGGAGGGAGACACUUACUCCUGUCAUGUGGUACACAGCAGCCUCCAGGAGACUGUUGCUGUGAUUUGGGCUUCCGGCAAUACGAGCAGCUCCGUCGUAGUUCGGGUGACGUCACGAGUGGAGACGUCACCGGACUCCAACCCCUUUUCUUAUUUAAACCGCCGGAGUCAUUUGCCUGGCGUUCGUGCUAGGAGCCUGACGCCAGGCAAAUACCUCCUGCGGUAG